UUUGGACUCGUCACGCGAUGUUUUCUCUCGGUCGGUUUCGGACUCGGUCUGUAACGUAAUGGGCACUUACAGUACUUGUGAUUGUGCGUUAUUUUACCCAACUGGCGGAUGGAGGAAAAAAUAUUCAAGAAUAUUCAAGGAAGAACUACUGAAGCGUAUAAAACUCCAUACUCCUCGACUCCAAAUUUCUAAACCUCUAACUCUACUGACAAUGACUGAUCCCACUCCUAGCUGUCAUCACUGCUACAGUGAAGGAUACCAUGUCGGUCCUUCAAAAGGUCACCAACCUUGCUUACGACAGGUUCUGAGCCGAUCCUCGGAACGAGAUAUAAACCACCUUGUGACGUUUUAUACUAACGUUUAAAGAAAAAGAACUGAAACCAUUUGACGUGGGAAGGCAUCAUAUGACAACAUUUGAAGCAGCUAUUAACAGCAAACCAUCCCUAGACUGCUGAAAACUGCACGGAAUCAGUGAAUAGCUCAACGCAAACAUUGCGCAACUGAAAUGGCCGCUGCAGAUGAACCAGAUGGGGAGGAAACCAGCGAACAAGCGUCGACUUUGGUACUACAAACAUUUAAUUCAAAUUUUCGUACAUUGUCGCAGGAAGACUCCUUGGAGGAGACCACUGAUCGAAACCCGCUGAAAAUAAUCUGCGUUGGAGAUUACACAGGUGGAGUUAGAACAAAGGGGGUCUUCAUAAGAGAUUAUCUCGGAAUGAAACCUACGUUUAGAAGUCGCUCUUUCACCUGCAUUGAUUUCUACUUGAAGAGAGUGAAAUGGCGACGGCCGGGCCACUUAAAAAGCAGCUAUUCUAUCGUGCUACAGCUCUGCGAAAUUUCUGAGAUGGAGCGAUUUUCUGCCAUGACCAAAGUGUACUUCAGACACAGCCAAGGAGCUUUGGUCUUUUGGGGACCUCAUAAUCCUUCGUCGCUUCAUGGAGCGGUACAGUGGAGGAAGAAGAUCAAGGAAGAGGUUUCCCUUCCGAUUCCGUGUGCACUUAUCACGGACAAUGCCGCGGAUUCGUGCUUGAAGUCAGUCACCUGGGUUGGGCCUGGAAAGAUAUUUGAGAGUGAGGUAGCACUGGAUCAUUUCUGUAAAGAUCACGGCUUUGUGGAUCAUUUCGAGAUCAAGUCACGCGACUGGGAAUCUGGUGAAAAAAGCGUUUUUGGACAAGCCGUGAAAUGCCUUCUUGACGAGAUUUUGCAGACCGAACAAAAAGAAGAGCAAACUUGGAUUUAACGCUGCGAUCUUCGAUCGCGUGCUAUAACGUGACAUUUGCGAUCAUUUACCGUAUCGUGACAUUUUUGUAAGAGUUAAAACUCGACCAAACAGCUCUAUGAGGAAAGCGUUUCAUUAAUAUCUGAUUUGUAACUCGUAUUAAACUGAUGUAAUUAAUCAAUUAUGAAAUUUCCAAAUAAAAUUCAAACCAAA